AUGCUGUUCUGCUGCUGCCCCGGGCCUGCCGCACCCGCAGAGCCGGUCGCCGAGCUCAGCGCAGAGCUCGAGGCCGACCUCAGCGAGCGGGUUAAAGCGGAGCGUUUAGCCAAGGCCAAGUCCGCCGAGCAGGCGCAGUUCUCUCGCAAGCCGCGAGGCCGAGAACACGGCUUCGCCCAGAUGCUGGACGAGGACGAGGACACCGCUGGCGACUGGGAGAGGGAGGCGUCCGCGUCGGAGCUGCGCGGCUCCGCCUCGAAGUGGGUGGCCGACCGGAAGAACGACGCGGGCUCGAAGGCGCGCAAGAAGAGGGGCUACCUCGGCAACACGCGGCAGCAGGCCGACGCGGCGAUCCGGAUCCUCUCCAACGAGGAGAUCAUGCGGCGCGCGCAGGUGGAGAACGUGCUGCAGGCGGGCGCGCCCAUCGACCCGCAGUCGGGCGAGAUCGUCCCGGCCAGGCUGCAGCAGUGGCUGGCAGGGCUGUCGACCUACAUCGCCUUUUGCGACGGCGUCGUGCAGAAGGCGCUCUCGAGCUCUCCCCACGCGCGCCGGGCCUCGCCCUUUGGAUGGCGUGUGCCACAGCUGCCGCCUGUCCGGGCGGGGCCCAUCUCCCUCUACCUCUCGGCCGUCGGGCGGCACCGGCUGCUCGGCGAAAGAUGCGCGGAGCUCCAGUCGCGCCUCAAGGCCUUCCAAGUGACCCUGUACGCGCGCGCCGACAGGGCGGGCCCGGAGGGCAUCUCGCAGUCGCUGUAG